AUGUCCCUCUCCAAAUUUCCUAUUUUAAAGCUUCCUACCGUUGCUCUAAAUGAAGUUUUGAAGCUAUUCACUCCAUUUGAAAUAAUCUUCUUCUCCUUCUGUAGUAAAAGAACAAAAUCGAUAUGUCAAUCAAUUCGUACUGUUCCUAAAUGCAAAGUAGCUCUCUAUAAUUUCUCUGUUUGGAUCGAUUCAGUUUAUGCGAUAUAUCUUCAAUUCACUUAUUUCCCGUCAGAACUAUGGGUAUUUAACUUGGAAGCAUGUCCGGAGUCAAAGCAUACGAAAAGAAACAAGUUUUGGUCAGUACUUCCCAAUGGAUUCUUGAAAAUGUGCUAUUCGAGAAAACCUACAAAAUCGUCAUGUCAGAAAAAGACAGAACCGAUAGAAGGUAUUCAUUUUCCUAACUGGAACCCUGCCGUCGACACUGUUGAAACCUACGCCUGGCUGACAAAUGAAACUACUUUAACAACUCGUCACUCUUCCCAUUUAUAUACUUCAGAAAAUCUUGCAUCUGUUACAAGAAAGCUGGCUGACUACAUUUCUGAAAUAUUCCAUGAUGAAGAGAACCUUUUUGCACUUGAAUGGAAUCGAUACAAUGGCAAACAAAAUCGAAUAACUAUGGAUUUGUUCUGUAAUCCAGUCCAAGAUUUUCUGUUAACCGGGGACACAUCGAACGACUCUUCCAAAAAUGAUAUGUUGACCUAUAUUUUGAAGAAUCAAAAUUCCAAAAGAACUAUGACCCUGUGGAUUAAUCCAAGUUUAGAUUUCAGUUUUGACUUUGGACAAUUCAAGAAUUCCUUAGAAGUCUUACAUAUUACAUACUCACAUUGGAUAACAUUUCAAAACAUUUUGGAUGCAGAUUUCAAAUUAUUGAUUGACAAAUGGAGAGAUGGAUGGACUCCAAAUUGGAAGACUAUGAGCAUUGAACUCAAUGAAGAUAUCGAUGUAGAUACCUGUGUCGAGGACUUGGAACCAGAGCAUUAUAAGAGUAAAAAAGUAGUCUGUGGAAAUUACCCAAUUCAACUCAAUCGAUUCAAAGGAUAUUUUGACAUAAGUUGUGAAACAACCUUUAUGCAUGGAUAUCAUAUUUUACGAUCAGAUGGAAUGAUUGCAACGAUUGGAAUAUCAGUAGAUAAAUAUCGAGUUGGAUGGUUUCAUAUCAGAAAAUAA